AGCGAUGCAACUGUAAUCGGGGACGCUCAGAAGUUUGGGGGUGCGCUCCCCACGGCCCCCGAGAGAAAAAUGACGAGCGUCCCCCAGGGCUUUGAUUGCAGCUUCUUGAAUGACGACGAGGCCCGCAAGAUCUUGCAGGUGCUGGAGAGGAACGAGGAGCUGCAGCGCGCAGAGAGGGACCGCAUCAGCAAACUCCAGAAGACAAAGAGGGACAUCAGAUGGCUCCAAGGAGUGACUGGAGAAUGGUUUGAAGAAAUUCAAAGAAAAAAGUUUUGCAAUGAAGCAGAUGUUAGCCAAAUGUUAAAACUGCCACUUACAUACAGGCUCAGAAAAGGCAUGGCAGAAAAUGAUCCUAUGGAGUUGCAAGCAUCAAGAUCUAAAACCACACCUAAUCAAAGAAACUCCAUUGCUGCUCCUUCUCGACUGAGCUUUAAAUCAUCUCUUGCUUCGCUGUUCUCCUUCAGAAAAUUCAGAAAAGAUCUGAAGUUUCAGUCGCCAGGACAGAAAGGAUUCAACGCUCAUGCAGGGCCUCCUGUGUCCAUGAGGGGACCUACCCUGGCAAAUCAAUACAAUUCAACUCUAGAAAAGCAAGUGGGCUGCAGUGCAUUUGUCCCCAAACCUGCAGGCAUGAGAGAGGGAGGUGGCCUGCCUCCUGGGGAUGCCUCCCUGUUGGAAUUUUUCCAAGUUUUAGAUGACUUGGAUAACAAAUUAGCUGAGGAACAAUCUUCAAGUUCAGUAAAUACUGGAAUACCUCUCAACCAUGGAUCAAGAACACAGUUCAGCCAUUUUCACCCCAAUGAGAACAGACAUGGUAGUAUCACAGGAAGACACAAGAAUAACUAUAAUAAAACAACCAACAUGUCUAUUUAUGACAUCCUAAGACCAGGAACUCCUAGAGAAGGUUUCAAAACCUUUUCUCCUAGAACAAGGACAAUUUAUGACAUGUACAGGACACGAGAACCCAGAGUUUCAAAAGAGGAUUAUAUGCCAAAGAAUACUUUCGGCAGUACUUCUCUGUGUCUUGACAGCAGACAGCGAUCAGCCUCACAAACUACCAGGCAUUUCACAGCAAGAAGCUUACAUUUUCCAGGCACGACCCAGAAUAAGAGUGGGUUUAUACUACCAACUCACCAGAAGAGCCCAAAGAGAACUCCAUUAUCAUCCAUCAUAUGGAACAGAUCGAAUCCUUCUGAAGAUAGGCAGGAACAGGAAGACUUCCUAAAUAAGACAUCACCUAUGGACAUUGAGCCCAAUCACCCAUCUAUGUAUCCUCUAUAUUUUCAGGAAAAUACAAGACAUGAAUUUUACCAUUCACAGAAUAUGUAUCAAAAUGUCAAUUUGCAUGCACCGAUGAAUAAUAAAAUGAGUUCUGACCCAUUUGAGAACUCAGAGAACAUGCCAUUUUACCCUCAAGACAACCCAUUUGCUAGAUCGUUCUUUAGCAAUACCUUUGGACAAAACAGAGAACAGAGAUUCAGACAAAGUUCUUUUGGGAGUCAACAGGAAGCACAUUCUCCCUGGUCACACUUUAGCAGAAAACCAUUUCUAUCUUCUGACAGUGACUUUGAAAUGGCCUCUGUGGAAGCAGAUUGUGCAUCCACCAGUCAAAAACACAGUGUUUCUUCUCAACACUGGGAAUCGUUUUCUUAUAGCUAUAGAACUAAUAUUUCCAGAAAUCAAAAAGAGCCACAUUCCUGGCACUUUGGUUCUGAGGCUCCCACAAUGGAGAACAUGGAGGUAUCACAAGAUCCUGGAGACCAGGCAACUCUUCAUUUUGGUACGCCAAAUAUUUUCUCCACUACUGGUUCAAACUAUCACAUAAAAUCUGGUGAAUCAGAAUAUCAAUGGAACAGUUAUCCUAGAGAAGCACCUGUAAGCAAAGAACCCAACUCAUUUGGGAUUGCUCAGCCUCUAGUAUCCUCAUGUAAUACUUCCUUCCACCAGACUUCUGGUGACAAAAGAAAUCCUCAAAGCUCCAACUUUCAGAAUUCCACAGUCACACUGCAAAAAGUUCCCAGUAAGCCUAUCUUUCUUCCAGGAAAAGGCUAUAGAGAGGUCACUGUGACCAACAGCGAUUCCAUUGAUUAUUUACCUCUUACUAAAAAUCAACCCAGUGUUAUGUCCACAGAAGGGAAAAAUGACAAAGACUUAAACAAAUCCAAUUUGGUAAAAGAUGAACAGCUAAACAAGAUGGAUCAGACUAGCAUGACAAAUGAAAUCUUCCAUCCUGUUUCACUGGUAGUGGACUCUCACCCCUUACCUGAUGCUCAUAGUUCCCUCUCCCAGGACUCCACCAAGAGCAAUAGGUUUGUUUUCAGUACACCUUCCAACAUAAGUUCAAAAAGGUCGCCUAGAGUCCAUCCUAAGAAAGAUAACCCCAGAGUCUAUACAUCGUACAGGAAUAAAGUCAACGAAUUUAAAAAAGAUAAGACUUGGACCGAGAACAGGAAACACGGCUCAGCAAUUUCCCGUCCCUUCAGAACAACAUCAUCUUUUCCCAGCUCCAAUCAAAGUUGUCACCAAGAACUGACCAUGAAUAAUGAUGAUAGGUCAAACACUCUUCAAAAUAACCUCUGGAGUUCUGAACCUAUUGAUAAGCCAAAUACACAUUUUCCAGAAGAACUUAAGCCUUUAGAUAACUAUGAAGAACGGCAUAUCAAAACCCAUUCUUCCAAUAGCAAUGAGUCAACUGCCUACCAAAAUAACACCUAUUGUUCUUCACGAGUGAAUAAUUCUUUCUCAGAUACUGUGAUGACCCCUUCUACUACAGAAUUCUCCAGGAGAAGUGCCUCUGGGUCAGUUUCAUUUCUGAUAGAGAGAGAUGAAAAAGACAAUGAUAGUAAGAACCAAAAUAAUCAUGUUGUCCCAAGUUCCUUAGAAAUCCAAAAGAGGAAUGAUGUUUGUGAACCUCCUAUGCAAGAUGAAGCAGUAACUAUUGUUAGAGAUUCAUCCCAUUCUCCAUUAUGGGACAGAAGGGGGGAAACAAAAAUAAGACAGAGCAUAUCCUCUUUUGAAAUGUUAAGCAAAACAGGAAGUGGACCAGCACCCACAAGAGAAAGCUGUAACCUCAUGUUAGUGAAUGAAAACAAUUCCAAGUCUCCUCAACUUCACCCAGUUUAUUGUACCUUUCCAAGAAAAUCAGCCAAUAUUCUCUUCAAUAGCAAGAAAUCAGAAAGUAAUGCAAUGGCUCCUUCACUUAGGGGUGGGACACUUCCAGUCCCAAUAAAAAAUAACAUGGAAGGUCCAAGAGAGCAGUACUCAUCUCACAAAUCCAGUGUCAGCUCUUCUGAGUCAGAAAAUGAAGGUUCCAAAGUCCUUGCAGUCUUAGUUCCUGUAGUUCCCACAACUGGAGAGGAGGAGAUAGAAAGCAAGAGAACCGUUGAAUCCACUUCUGUUGACAGAAAACCACUUCCAUUUCUUGAGAGAGCCAUGUCUUGUCCCUCAGGGGUACAAUUGGCCUUGACUGGAAGGGAUGAAAGAGGAAAACAUCUGGCCUCAGACAAAUAUGCUUCUGUUGUAACCCCCAGACCAUGGGAGAGAGUCAUUAGCCCACUGGAAAAGGAUGCAUCUUUCAGAGAAGGUUCUUUAAUCAAAGGAUACAAACAAAAUGAGUACUUUCCAGAAUGCACUGAAAAGAGUGGUAAAUCUACUGUCCCUGGGACAGAUGAAUGUCCCCUUUCAAAUGAAGACUCUUUACCUUUUCCUUCUGACAUGUCAGGAAAGGGAAGUGAGAAAACAGUACAGAAAUUUAAGAUGACUAGUACAUUUUCAGUAUCUGGUGAUGAAGCUAACAUAAAAUGUUUUGAGGUUGUUUCUUUGUAUUAUACCCUACCAAGGCAACAGAGCCAAAGAAUUGGUAACUUUCUUCAGGAGUAUUCACAGCACACAGAAUCACUUACAGAAUCGCCAAAAGUGAGAACUGCAUCACUUCCGGACUCUGUAAAAGACAAACUAAAAUGUUCUGUGCCAGAGCCUCCAGGAACCCCUUCACCUAAAGAUCUAACUUCUACUCACCGAGAUUGUCAUCUUCCCUUCACCGCUGCUAAUAUAGCUGACUUGCCAUUGCCCAAAAAUGGGGAUUCAGGAGCAAAAGAAAAAGCUGAAAAAGCUCAUCCACACCCCAUUAAGUCAUGUAACAGUGGUCCUUUUAAACUCCGAGUUUAUUCAGAAGGGAAUAUUGAAAACUCCCAAAUGGUAGCAGGUGCUGGAAGGCAUGCAGGGAGAGUUCUGGCUAGCAGUGCAACUACAAGUGGGGAGUAUGCUCAGGAAGAUUAUCUUGCUGAUGGAUUGCAGCCUAAAGAAGUCAGAGGACAAACUGGAACAAAUUUCCAAAAACAGACCAAUACAACACUUUGUGACCUAGAAAGCCCCGUCUUUGCUCUUACUCCUGCUUUGCAUAAACUACAGCUUAGUGAGAAGUCCAGUUCAGAUGAACCAGGUAUAAAGAGUUUACAGUUUGAACCCAGGGAAAUACCUCAAAGAAGUCAAGAAGUGAACAGGACAGGGAAUUGGGAGGCUAAAAAUGAAGCACAGAAGUUGGCCUGGAAGCAGCCUUUAUUUCCUAGUGGAAGUAAUAAAAAUGAAAGCAGUCUGGAUGAACAAGAAAGGGGACCACACAGACCUUCAGUCCAACACAGAUCGGCAGCCAUGCCCAAAGCAGGCAGGAACUUUCCUGCUAAAGUUUUAAGCCCCAGAAGACAUGUAGCUACUAUCUUUCCCCAAAGACAGAACAGUUCUGACUUCAGUAGUCUUUCUCUUGACACACCAGAGUGCAAUCCACACUCCCUUGAGUCUGCUCCAAAGUCCACAGACUCCAAAGACGAAAACAGGUUAAGUAAUGAUGGCAUCAAUGUGAAGAAAUCUGAACACACACUCCAGGCUACUGUAUUAUCCGGCAGAGAAAAUUCUAAGCACUUAAGCAAUCAGAGGCUUAACAGAACUUCACCAUCACAUCAGUAUGAAUUCAAAAAUAUCUCAGAACCACCACCAAAGCAUGAGGAGUCUAAACAGACUCAGCUUUUGGAAAGAGAGGCAGGGACCCCAGCCCUACCCACAGUCACCCACCUGGGGGAAGCAGAUUUCUUUGACCCUCCACUUCCCUUGGAGCCAACACUAAAGGCCAGUAUCCGGCCAGCUAGCUAUCAGCAGCAACGACAAAAGCAUGCUUCGUCUCUGGAGCGGGAACCCGAGCCAAACCCCCAUCGUUCCAAGAGUUUAAAAAGCAUCUCCUUGCAUGGCUAUGGGCUGCGUAAAAGUCAGCCUCCAAAAGCCAGGGAGCGCCACUUUUCUGAAAACACAUCUAUGGACAGUGCCCUGAGUCGACUGACCCUCAGGGAUGAAUUCCCUAUCAAAAGUGGGUACACUCGAAGAUUCAAAUCUUUUUCUGAACUCUCUUCCUGUGAUGAAAAUGAGAGUUGGGCUUUGUAUAGUGAUGAACCAGACACGGGACUCAGGUCAGCAACUAUAUCCAGGCCUAUCGACUAUGGAAUUUUUGGGAAAGAACAACAGUUGGCUUUCUUGGAGAAUGUAAAGAAGUCACUCACGAAAGGAAGAUUGUGGAAACCAAAUUUCCUUAAGAACCCUGGUUUUCUGAAGGAUGAUGUGAAGAACGCUGCUAACCCCCAGGGGUCUUCAAGCUCCGAUUCUCCAAGCAAUCAGGUGUCCGAAGAGGCCCUCGGACACAGCGCACCACUUAAUAUCUAUGAAGAGGACAUGGCUGACGCUGACUCUGACUGGGACUCGGACACAACCACAGACGAUGAGUAUUACCUAGAUGAAAAUGACAAAGAGUCGGAACUGUGA